GUCAGAGGCAGCAGGAUGCCCGAGGCACGGUUCAGGGACCACUUCUGGAGUACAGAUCUGACAAGCACAGUUGGCUAUGACAGCAUAAUUCAGCAUCUGAAUGAUGGCAGGAAGAACUGCAAAGAGUUUGAGGACUUUCUGAAGGAAAGGGCAAUAAUAGAAGAAAAAUAUGGCAAAGAGCUCAUUAACUUGUCAAAGAAGAAGCCCUGCGGACAGACAGAGCUGAACACACUAAAGAGAUCCCUAGAUGUUUUCAAGCAACAGAUAGACAAUGUGGGACAAGGUCACAUCCAGCUGGCACAAACCCUUCGGGAAGAAGCAAAGAAAAUGGAGGAAUUCAGGGAAAAGCAAAAACUGCAUCAGAAGAAGAUAGAGCUGAUAAUGGAGGCAAUUCACAAAACCAGGAAUCUGCAGUACAAGAAGACCAUGGAGGCUAAGCGGCUCUAUGAGCAGCGCUGCAGGGAUAAGGAUGAGGCGGAACAAGCUGUGCACCGCAAUGCAAACAUGGUUACACAGAAGCAGCAGGAGAAGUUAUUCCUCAAGCUGGCUCAGACAAAAUCAUCUCUGGAAGACUCUGACAGGAGUUACCGGCAGAGCGUUACCACACUGGAGAAGAUCCGGGAAGAAUGGCAGAAAGAGCAUGUCAAAGCUUGUGAGUUCUUUGAGACUCAGGAGUGUGAGCGGAUCAACUAUUUCCGCAAUGCCCUCUGGCUUCAUGUCAACCAGCUCUCCCAGGACUGCGUCCAGAAUGAUGAAAAAUACGAGGAAAUCCGCAAGAGUUUAGAACUGUGCAGCAUUGAAAAGGACAUUGAUUUUUUUGUAAAUUUACGCAAAACUGGAAGUUUGGCACCAGCUCCUGUUGUUUAUGAAAACUACUACAAUACACAGAGAAAUCCAGCUCCUGUGAGAAGUCCAGUUCCCAUGCCUAUAUCAAGGAGGGCACCUCUACCUACCCCAGCCAGCGCACCAGAUGAGCCUGAUUAUGCCACAGUUGAUGGCUACAGUUUGAUUCAUCACUAAUACUCACAGUACUCCAGGCAGAAGACACUGUUGGUCUGGCUAGGGUGGUGGUGUUUCCAGUUACUCCCAACCACACAGAGCUGAAGUGCUUCGCUGUUUCAGCAAAGUAUUUGAGGACUCGGAUAAUUAUUUGUACAUUCAGAAAGUGCCUAUUAAAAAUCUGUGCAUUUGAUCAGCAAACUCCUCGGACAGAUAACCCAUCUUCACACUCGGGGGAAGAAAAGGAAUCUAAGCGAUGGAUCCAGAUGCAGGGGCCAUCUGUGUCAGAAGAAGUUUUUGAUUCGAAAUUCUUCUAAAGAGCAGCCAUCUGGAAGAGGCUGGAGAUAAACAAGAAGUCAUAUGUGCUGAGGGGACUGCUGCACAAUGCUUUGGGAAACUGGCUUAUGUUUAGGGCAUAUGUAUCCCACUCAUAUCUCAGGUUAAGUUUUUCCCUGUUUCUCAAAUCCUUCAUUAAUGGUGAUUGAGCUUGUAAUUUAGGUUUAAUUUUGGCCAUAUCUCUCAGGGAGCUCACUUAGAGGAGCACUAACAAUAGACUGUGUGUCCGGCUUAGCUGUAGAUGUGCUCCAGGCUUACGUGCUGAUCCUGGAAGCUGAUUUGCAUUUUGCCUAAUGCAGCAGUCUACAGCAUAGCUACUCAGUGAGAGACUGUGCUGCCACAAACCUACACCCUGUAGUGUUGCUUAAAAUCUGGAGAAGCUGGUCAGCUCUUCAACCACUUCUCUAAUGAGGCACCUGCAGAUUUUUAGGUUCAUGAUAUAGCUUGUACCUGCUAGACUCUGCAGACCCUCACUUGAUUAACAUCUGGUAAAGAAGUCCUCUGCACUUCUUGUGACUAAAUAUCACUGCAAAUAGACUUAGCUACUAAUGUUGGGCUGGAGCCCUGAAACUCAUUUUCUGACCAGAUCUCCUCAAAGUUCUUGCUUUUUUUUUCUUUAUCCAUGAUCAUGAAUUUGAUUCAGAAACUCAUGUACUGCAAGGAUGCUGGUCUCUCUCAUAUCCCUAUGUGCAGCAUGGCUUAACUGCUCCCCAGUGCCUUAUGACAUAGGGAUGCAGGAGAAGGGGACAAGUAUACAGUUUAGCUCUUUAAACCUGGUGCCAGGUGACUAACUUUGGAGCAACGGGAGCUGCUGAUAUAUGAUGUGUUUCAAGUUGAAUCUGCAUUACUUCAGUGCAUGUCUAAGCCAAACAGUCCCUGGAGCUUUUACUGUAUUUUCUUGUGCGGGAAAGAUGACAAUGAGCUUAAACAUUUCUCCUACUGUAUUCCAAUGGACCAUGCAAAGUGCACAUCCAAGUAAUCAGAUGUCCAUUUUCAUUUCUGAAAGACCAAGUGUACAAAUAUUCUUCUGAAGUACCCUGCUGUAAUCUGAG